UUAUUUUAGUUAGUUUUACACGCGGAAGAGUUUGGAUGCUUAUGCAAUUUCGCCUCACCGCCAAGCGGCCGGAGAAAACCUAAUGCCGCAUGCUCUUCCGUGUCGUCGCCGCCCAGAGAUGAAGAUCCCGAGAAACUGAAAGAAGCUGCCGUAAAAAACCUGCACUGGCAUGGCGUUUCUUCACAGAAUUCAUGGUCUCUCAUGGUGCUGCACGUGAAAGGGACCUCAGAUUGGCUUUGGCUACAGCUGGAAGUAACGAAGAACCAGAGAGAAGCUAUAAAUUGCUGGUGGGAUUAGUUGGAGGAGGUAGGGGGCGAGGAAGAGAGCCAUGGACAAGCAUUCGAAGGCCUGCCACAGGAUUCUCCCCAAGCGUAUCAUUCUGGUCCGGCACGGGGAGAGCCAGGGCAACCUGGACAUGGCUGCGUACACCACCACGCCGGACUAUCGGAUCCCACUCACGCGGCUGGGCGUCGAGCAGGCUCGCACCGCCGGGGAGAAGAUCAAGGUGGUGGUGUCGGAAGGCGAGCGGUGGAAGGUCUACUUCUACGUGUCGCCGUACGAACGUACACGGGCGACGCUGCGGGAGAUCGGCCGCGCCUUCUCCCGGGGAAGGAUCAUCGGCGCCCGGGAGGAGUGCCGAAUCCGCGAGCAGGACUUCGGCAACUUCCAGGUGGAGGAGCGGAUGAAGGCCAUCAAGCAGACGCGGGAGCGCUUCGGCCGCUUCUUCUUCCGCUUCCCGGAGGGCGAGUCCGCCGCCGACGUCUUCGACCGCGUCGCGAGCUUCAUGGAGUCGCUGUGGCGAGACAUCGAGAUGAGGCGGCUGGAGCAGGACGAGAGCAUGGAUCUGAAUAUGGUGAUCGUGUCGCACGGGCUGACGUCGAGGGUGUUCCUGAUGAAGUGGUUCAAGUGGACGGUGGAACAGUUCGAGAUGCUGAGCAACCUGGACAACUGCGAGCUCCGCGUGAUGCAGCUCGGCCCCGGCGGCGAGUACAGCCUCGCCAUCCACCACUCCCGGGAGGAGCUCCAGCGUUGGGGGCUCUCGCCGGAGAUGAUCGCCGAUCAGCAGUGGCGGGCCUCCGCCACCCACGGCAGCUGGUACGAUAACUGCCCCUGGCAUCUCGACAGCUUCUUCGGCCGUUUCCACGACUCCGAGUCGUCGUCAUCGUCGUCGUCGGAGGAGGAAUCUUCCCACGACCAUUCCGGCGCAUGAAUCAUCACCAUUAAUUUAUUUUUCCUGUUUAUUUAUUUAUUUAUUUGAUUUAAAUUGUAACUCGACGCUUUCUUUUGAAAUGUUACAUAAAACGACAAA